AUGUGCUACGACCGCUACGUGUCCAUCUGCAAACCCCUGCACUACGGGACCCUCCUGGGCAGCAGAGCUUGUGCCCACAUGGCAGCAGCUGCCUGGGCCUGUGGCUUUCUCAAUGCUCUGCUGCACACAGCCAAUACAUUUUCCCUGCCCCUUUGCCAUGGCAAUGUCCUGGGCCAGUUCUUCUGUGAAAUCCCUCAGAUCCUCAAGCUCUCCUGCUCACACUCCAGCUACAGGGAAGUUGGGCUUCUUGUGGUCACUUUCUGUUUAGGCUUUGGUUGUUUUGUGUUCAUUGUUUUCUCCUAUGUGCAGAUCUUCAGGGCCGUGCUGAGGAUCCCCUCUGAGCAGGGCCGGCACAAAGCCUUUUCCACCUGCCUCCCUCACCUGGCCGUGCUCUCCCUGUUCCUCAGCACUGACACGUUUGUCUACCUGAAGCCCUCUUCCAUCUCCUCCCCAUCCCUGGAUCUGGCCCUGUCAGUUCUGUACUCGGUGGUGCCUCCAGCCCUGAACCCCCUCAUCUACAGCCUGAGGAACCAGGAGCUCAAGGAAUCUCUCAGGAAAGCCAUGUCUGUGUGCUCUUCAGCCUUUUCAUUGUCCCAUAACAACCCUCACAGCUUUGCACUGAGAGCCACACAACAGCUGGAAACACACCCCUGGUUUGGCUCCUGCUGUCUCUCAGCAUUCUCCCUCCAUCAAGGGGCUGCGAGUGGGUCAGACCCUGGGAAGGGACAGCAGGCCAGAGUCCCAAAUUAACCAAAGGGAUAUUCCAGACUGUAUGGGACUAGUUGUGGUAUAAAUGCUAAGGAAGGAGGAA